CCGCAGAGCUACGACCAGACGACCCUCCUGGGUUCCUCCUCGCAAGACGGCCUCCUGCCACGACUUCUUGAACGACUCGCGGCCGCCCAGUCGCACAGCGUGGUGAUCCUCGAAGGACCCGGAGCGGCACUCUGCCUUCUGCGGCUCCACGACCUCCCAGGAACCCUUCUGCUGGAGUCCCUGAAGGCCGUGCGGAUCGGCCACAACAUCACCUUCGUCGUGGAGACGCGCGAGGACGAGCCCCUGCCGGCGUGGGUGCUGGGGCGGGCGUGCGUGGUGCAGCUCGACCCGGCCGUCCUCUCCGCUGCCUCUCUCCUCCCCGUCCCCGCCCUGACCCCGCCCCCACCGCUCUCGGAUCGCCACAGCCACAGCAGCGCCACGCCCAGAAGCUCCAGCAAGCCCAGUACGCCCCGCCCCGUGGACUCCGCCCGCUCACAGGCUGACGAGGGCGAGCCCACGCCUGCGAUGCUUAUGGAGUACCUCGUGCACCGCCUUCUGCAGCCCGUGUUAGACUUGGCGGCAGGGCACUUCGGCAUCCCCCUCGCGGCCGUCGAUCUGAUCAAACAAAUCGAAGAGCUUCUGGGUGGCAGCCUGACGUCACUCGGCGCAGGAGAAGAGCUGGCCGCGGCGGAGGUGGCGCGCACGGUGGAGGCGCUGGUGCAAGGGACGCGAGUCACUGGAGUCUCCCGCGCCAGAGCUCCUGCGGGCCCCAAAGGCCCGCCCUAA